AACCCAUAGGAUGCUCCAUGGUGGUUAUCGAACCUAUGGGUCAUGGAAAUGAAAAGUCAUGACAAUUAGGGUUUACAUGGUGUAACCCUAAUUGUAACACACUAUAUAAUGAUCCUUAUGUUCACCAAAAUCGGCACUUAAGCAAGAAAGAAGAGGGCUAGCCGAUUUCAAGUAGUGUGACAUUUCUCUCAAAGUUUAUUCCACGUGUAUUUGGUGUUGUGUAAGACAUUUGAGGCAUCACACUUGGGGUGCUAGGCUCUCAAGAUUUUCAAGGAAUCCAAACCACUACAAGGUAUGUUUCUCUAGUUAACUUUUAUAUUGAAAAGUUCCCCAUGUAUGCUAGAUAGGAUUAUGAACCUUGGAAAUCAAUUUUGCAUGUAUCUUAGUCAAACAUAGAUCCAAUGUUUCUAGGGUUGCAUGAACACCUUAGGAGUGUUAGAAUGCUCAAAACCCUUUAGUGGUAUCAGAGCCUAGACUUGUUUGUUUGAUACUUGAUGCAAAAUAGCUGAAUAAGUCAAAAUUCUUGCUGUCUGCACAAGGGACUCGCCAAGUCCAUGGGGGGACUCGACGAGUCCAAGCGUAUCUGCAACCAACUCGGCGAGUCAGUUCGUGCACUCGACGAGUUGGCCAGGCAGAGUGCAGAUUUUCGAUUUUUGCUGCUGGAAAUGGACUAGAAACAUUACCCUAAACUGUUUUGGUGUUUUAAAACUUGUUUUAGAUGGUGUAAUGGUUGUUCUAAUCAAUUUACAAUGGAUAAUAUCAUAAUUCCAUGUUUAUAUGUGUUCAUAUGUUCUUGAAAUUUUGAUAUGAAUAUUCAUGCUCUUAUGAGUUCUUGCAAGAUCAUAGAAAUUAUGUUCUAUUGAUUGGUAGUUAAUUCAUGAUCAUGAUGUGUUUUAAUGGAGUCCAUAACUUGUCCUCAAGUUAUGGAUAACCAAAAUUCAGUUUGUAAUAAAUCCAUUAAAAGAACACAUAAGUUACAAAAAAUGAAGAGUCUUCAUUUUUAAUAAACAAUAACUCAUAAGUUAUGAAUUGAAAAGUUUUGUAAAGUUACAAAACUUGCCCUCAAGUUUUGGAACAUGUAAACUCAUCUAUUAAACUUUCGUUCCAACCUCUAGAAUUUAAAAAGUUAAAAUUCAACCCUUAUACUCUAUAAUAUUAUAAGUUUAUAUAUAUAUAUAUAUAUAUAUAUAUAUAUAUAUAUAUAUAUGUGUGUGUGUGUGUGUAUGUGUGUGUGUGUAUGUAUGUAUGUAUGUAUGUAUAAUAUCAAGUCGUUUUACUGUUAGUAGGCAUCAUUCACGAAGCCAAUCUAUAAGGGGGGUAUAAGGUUGUUGCCUAUAAAAUGGCAGCUUAAUGGGUGUCCACUCUCACCUACCGCUUCCUUGAUCGGUGGGGGGUCGUUAGCCGAACGGGUAGGACAAUGACUUAAACAAUUCUCAUUAAAAGUAUACUGAUUAUUAUAAAGUAACUAAAUGUUUUUAUAAAUUCCCAAUCUUAGUUACUUUAGGAAAAUGUGAAUAAGGUGCUAACCCAUGAAAUUACACUUUGCAUUUUGAUUAAGUCAUUAGUGGAGCGUGUGUGGUUAACUGGCACACUAACUUGGACUUAACAAGGUAGGCAAAGGGUGACUUAUGGUUUUUCAUAGGUCGGUGGAGCGCAUGUGGUUAACCAACACAUCGAUUGAGUGAAAAACAUUAAGGGUACCAAGUAAUUUGCAUGGUUACUUCACACCUUGUUUUGUGAUCCUCAGCAUCCCAGUCACAAAACCUGAAGGGCACACUCGAGAUUAAAACAUGCCAUUGAAAAGUUCAAUGAAAUUUAAAAGAAUCUAGGAGUUUCUAAAAACCAAUUAAAACCUAAUAAUUUAUAUUUUUUUUUUCAUAGUGGAAAUUGGUGAAUCGUCAUUCACCUAACUUUCAAAUAUGUAAUAGCUUAGAUUACGACAUCCCUCUUCUAAGUUAUAAUAUAUUGUGAUUGGAUCCUAGCCUUAAUAUUACAUUUGAGUGUUUUAUUAAGGACUAUCCUUUUAUCUAAACUAAACUUGUUUUCUUCUUUUCAGAUGUCAACCAACAAUGCUGCUUCUGGCUCAAACCCUAUCGGCUCCUUCUCUCUUAUGAAACUUUGUGGGAGAGUCAUCUUUGAUGGAUCCAACUUUAUGGAUUGGAUCAAGAACAUCAGGAUGGUCACUCGGUAUGAGGACAAGGAAUAUGUCCUCGACAAAGAGCUUAAGGUACUCGAGCCGUCUGUCUCUCCUGAGGAGGUCGCUAAAUAUGAGGCACAUGAAAGAGAUGCUACCAAAGUGGCAUGCAUCAUGUUGGCUAGUAUGAUAGUCGAGCUCUAAAAGUCUUAUGAGGACUACUAUCCUUUUGAGAUGCACCAAGAUUUGAUGGACCGCUACCAUCAGAGUGCUCGUCAAGAGCGAAUUGAAAUCAUCUCCUCCAUGAUAACAACCCGGAUGAAGGAUGGUGAACCCAUCACGAGCCACAUGCAAAAAAUGUAAAGGUAUGUGGACCGUUUGCUAAAGCUAAAUGUGAACUUCCCCGAGGAGCUAGCAAUAGAUAUCAUUUUGCACUCCUUACCAUCGUGUUAUGAUCAAUUCCGCAUGACAUACCACAAAAACAAGGAGGAAGCUACCCUCAGCAGGCUUCAAGGACUCCUAAAGACCGUUGAAACAGGUCUUAAAGGUAAGUCGGUUGUUACCACUCCUACUCCUACUCAAAGCUUCGCCCCUGUCCUAGCAAUCGGGAAAGGUAGAAGGAAAAAGAGGAAGAACCCUUUGAAGGGUACCAAGGGUAAGACCCUUGAUGGCUCCUCUUCAAGUGGAACCAAGAAAGGUUUCGUCACUCCUUCUUCUGACCCAAAAGAGGCUGAAUGCUUCUAUUGACAUGAAAAGUCUCAUUGGAAGCGGAACUGCCCAAAGUACCAUCAAGAUAUUAAGGAUGGGAAAGUGAAACCCACCCAUGCAGGGACUAAGAAGAAGUGAGAAUGUGGAGCAUGGAAAGAUAAACUUGAUCAUGGUGAAUAUGAAAGCUUCACCUGUCACCAAGAUUGGAGUUUACUCUUUGUUGCUAAGUAGUGGGUUUACAUUAGAUUUGAAUAAAUGUUGUUACUCACCUGAAAUGGCAAGAAAUAUUAUUUCCUUUCAUGCUUUGUACAAACAAGGGUUUACCUUUUCUUUUGAUAAUGAAGUUGGUGGAAUAAAUUCUUUCUUUAAUAAUGUUCUUUAUUUUAAAACAUUACCUUGUGAUGGUGUGUAUGAAGCUGUGUCUGUUGUAGAUAACCUAUGAAAUAAUGUGUUGUGUAUUGAUUCUUCUAAUAAUAAUAACUCGGAUAAAGCAUCAUUAUGGCAUUGUCCUCUUGGACAUGUAAGCAAGAAACGCGUAUGCCAACUCCAAAAGUAUGGAGUCUUGGAGUCAUAUGACCUAAAGUCAGAUGAUAGUUGUGAAUCAUGCUUACUUGGAAAAAUAACAAAGUCACCCUUUACUAGUUCUUAUGCAAGGGGUGAAGGUUUGUUGGAUCUAGUGCACACAUAUGUGUGUAAACCCUUCAAAACUGCCACAAGGGAUGCUAAUCGUUAUUAUGUGACUUUUAUAGAUGAUUAUAGUAGAUAUGGUUAUGUCUACUUAAUCAAGCAUAAGUCAGAGACUUUUGAAAGGUUUAAAGAGUUUAAACAAGAAGUCGAGAAUCAAUUGGGCAGGAACAUUAAGAUGCUUCGAUCCGAUCGUGGUGGUGAGUAUCUUAGUACAGAGUUCCUCGACUAUCUUAAGGAAUGUGGGAUUGUCCCACAAUUGACACUUCCCAGGACACCACAUUUGAAUGGGGUGGCUGAGAGGCGUAAUCGAACCUUGUUGGAUAUGGUUCGUUCCAUGAUGAGUUGAGCUUCACUACCAAUCUCAUUCUGGGGGUGAUAUUGCCAUAUUUAUACUUAUUUUUAGGCAGUAUUUAAGUACAUUUUUAUUAAUAAAUUGAUAAUAUGUUUAGAAUAAUGAUACUUAUGAGUUUAAAUUGUUAUUUUCAGUCAAUACAAAAGAUUUUCGAAGAGAGGGACCAAAGGUGACAAAAUGGGGAACAUGGGAGGCUUGGAAGACAAGAAAAUAAUAAAUUCACGAUAAGAGCUAAAUUCACGACGUGGCGAUGAAGCCCACGACGUGGCACGGGUGUUCCAGAAGAUAAACAUCGCGACGCGGAGGAUUUCCUUGAAGGAUACGGAUUGCUUGAAGCCCACGACGUGGCGCAACCUAGACACGACGUGGCGCGGGUUUUUGAGGAUUAUAUAAGUCCUCCUGAUUAUUACGAAAAGGGAGACUUUUGGCAGAAGAAAAAGAGUUCCAGGAGACAAAUAAGAACGAAAGAAAGGUUCUGGAAGAGGGUUUUCAACACCAAAAGAAGUAAAGGUUUAUUUUUAGAACAUGUCUUUUUAUUAGUUUUAGCUGUGUUAGUUUAAUUACUAUAAUGAGCAGCUGAAUCUAGCUACUCUUGUUUAGCUAGAUGAAGCUUUAAACUCAUGAAUAGUUAUAUGAUUAUGGAUUGAGCUUAGUUGGUAAAAAAUUGCUUGUGUUUGAUUUGUAUAACCUAGCAUGUUAAAAUUUGUUAUCUAAUUGCUUAAUUGCAUGUUCUGUGUAGCUUAGUGACCAUUAAACUGCAUGAACCUGUUUACCUAAUAAUUUAGUGAAUAUUGAAUUGUUAGAGCUAGGAUUGACCAAUCUUAGUUAGUAAUUAGAAUAAAUAAAGUUUAGCUGUGCUAGAGAACGUGAAUUGUGAUCAUAAUUGCGUUUACACAACAAUUCUUACCUAGCAUAUUUACAUCUAUAAUUAGUUCUGUGUUUAAUUAUGUGUGAACAUACAUGGUUUGACAUGAAUUAGUUAAGUAUUGGUAAGAUAGAACUAAAUUACUAAUAUAACUAAAAACCAACUUAAUAAUCCAUAAUCGUUAGCUAGUUAUAAGGGAGAAGUGGAUUCAAACUAAACAAGAGUGUGUUUUUACUUAUUGAAUUUGAUUUAAGUUCAUCUGAUCUUGUAAAACCAGAUAAAACCCCUUAUUAAACUUGUUAAAUAAAUUAGGUUAAUUUAAUAGUAAGUAAAUUAAUUAGAACACCGUUCCCUGUGAUCGACACCCGACUUACCCUAACUAUACUGUAAUCUGACUAGGUACACUGCCUAUAAGUGCAUAGAUAGUUAAGUUUGUUAGGUUAUAAAUAUUAAAAUUAGUGGGUACUUUUGUGCACAUCAAGUUUUUGGCGCCGUUGCCGGGGAGCGACUUAGUUUUUAGUUUAUUUAUUUGCAUUAAAUUAAUCGAUCCUUCUUGUGGGGUCAAAGCCACAAAAAGUUAAUUUUUCAGCAAAAUAAAAAUUUUCUGUUAAUCACAGAGUCCACGACGUGGACAGACAAAAUUUUUUUAAAUUUUAGUUUGUAUUUAGUUUUUCUUAUUUUAGUUCAUUUUUACGUUUUAGUUUAGCAAGUUGCAGGAGUUCAUGACCAGAAGCUCAAACACACACUUGGUGCCACCACUGGAAGACCCCGAGUCUGCACUUCACAAGAAAAAGACGCCCUUGCAAGAAUUGAAGUCAACUUUUUCUAGGAAACCGGGAAGGAAGACAGGAGAGUCAAGUUCAUCAGCGAAGCACAAGAGCAAUCUUGAGCAUUUGGAUCAUACACCCGUGCAAACCGAGUCCGAAUACGAUACCGAGCCAGAAUUUGAAGAACACACAAGUGAACCCGAGAAUGAGCCAAGGAACGAGAUGGCAGCAGUUGAAGAAAUGUCCAUGGGAGCAUACAAGAAGCGGAUCCGAGAAGAUAUGGGGCCCGGUUUAGUCCAACCCGCAAUUCCUGCCACUGCCACAUUCGAGCUGAAGGGACACAUAUUGACAGAACUGAAGGACAUCCCAUUUUUCGGGAAGGAUCAUGAGGAUGCUUUUAAGCAUCUAGACGAAGUCAACGACAUUGCAGAUUACUUCAAUGUCCCAAAUGUCACCAGAAAUACAGUCCUGCUUAGGAUGCUUCCCAUCACUUUCAAAGGAGCUGCUAAGGAGUGGUUAAAAGCACUCCCACCGGGUAUAAUCACCACUUGGGCUCAAAUGUGUGAGCAAUUCCUGGACCAGUUCUGCCCGCCAUCCAAGAUAGCCAAACUCAAGAAGGCGAUAGCCAACUUUGAGCAACAACUGGGGGAGUCACUAUACGAAGCAUGGGAGCGGUACAAGGGCUUACUCAGAAAUUGCCCUCAACAUGACCUAAAUGUGCAUCAAGAGAUGUCAAUCUUUUAUGAUGGGGUCAAUGUGAUGACAAGACAACUCCUUGAUUCUCAAGGACCGUUGACAAAGAAAAAUCAAAGGGAGGUCAAGGAGCUAAUUGAAGAAUUUGCGAAACACUCCCGCGAAUACCAUAACCCGAGGCAAGACGGAAGCAAAGGCAGUGGAGGGGUCCAAACGGAAGAAAUUGCAGCUGUCAUGGCCAUGCUAAAUAACAUGGAUCGCUGGAUAACAAAAAUGGACCAGUCGAUACAUGCCAUAAGAGUGGGGUGCGAGCGAUGCAGUGGUCCACACUUGACCAAGGACUGCAAUGUGGAUGAGUUUGGGAACAGAAAAGCUCAAGUGUGCUACUCUAGAGGGGAUAAGUUUGAUGACGACUGGAGGAAACCGAAGAAGGAGUGGCUGCCAUAUGAAGAGUAUAAGAAGCAAAAAGAAGAGAAGUAUAGGCAGACAGGUCGAGGCCUUUAUCAAAAGGAGCAGCCACCCACCGAGAAGAAACCCGACCUAGAGACCAUUUUGAUGAAGUUUAUGGAGGCUUCGAAAAAGAGACAUGAUGCUACGGAUUCCGCUAUCAUGGAACAACAAACAUUGAUAAAGAACUAGCAAGCCUCCAUCCAUAACCUUGAAGUACAAUUUGGUCAACUAGCCACUUUAGUUCAUGAAAAAUUGUCCCCGAAGAAUCCCGAAGUAAAAGCCCAA